AUGACAGAGUGCUGGUACAUCCCCGAGGAGGUGGCGGAUCGCCGCGAGGAGAACCGUCUCUCACCAAACGUGCCCGGCAGCUACGAGGCGCUUAGUGAGGCGAGGGUUUUCUUUCGUCACUUCGACCCGAAAGAAGUGAGUGACGACAUUGAGGGCUUCAUCCAGCCGCUUCUCAAGAAGCUCAACUACCACAGCUACGACGUCGUAAACCUCAGCCCAGCCACCCUCGGGGACGAGAAGUUUGAGGCUCUGGCGGAGCAGCACUUUAUGGAGCACACUCACGAGGACGAUGAAGUGCGGCUAAUUCUCGAGGGACAAGGCUACUUUGACGUGCGCGAUGCCAACGACAAGUGGAUUCGAUUACUGUCGAAACCUGGCGAUUGCAUCGUCUUGCCAGCUGGCAUGUACCAUCGCUUCACGACAGACCACAGCAAGUGCAUCAAGACCCUGCGCAUCUUCAAGGAGGCGCCCCGGUGGAUCGCGCUGAACCGCGGCCCAGAGACGGAGGAGAAGCCGGCGCGCAAGGAGUACCUCGCUCGCCUGCACGCCCCCGCCGAGACAGCUGUCGGUGCCGCCAACAGCCAUACGAUCUUCUCUCUGCACUACCCGCUGAAGCUGGAUGCGGAGCUCACUGUCAUCACGAAGCGGCUGCUCGAGCAACACAGUAAGCAGCCGCUUGCUCUCAUGAUCUUCCUGACCGGCUCCACCGACCCAACGACCGGGGCAUCAUGGUGCCCGGACUGCAUCCCAGCGAAGCCGCAGGUCGCACAGCGCUUUGCAGAGCUCCAAGGCAAGUACGGUGAGGAGCGCGCCAUCUUCCUACAGCUUCCAGUUGAGCGCGCCGGCUAUCUUGGCAACCCGGAGUAUCCCUACCGCAAGCACCCGACUCUGCAGCUAGCGAGUGUGCCGACGCUGCUCGUUCUGACACCGACCAAGGACGCCAAGGAAAAGGGCGACGUGCAGUGGUACGACCGACUCGAGGUCAAGAUGCGCACCUGUGACAUUGACAAGGCAGAUGUGCUGAGCCUCGAGUAG